CCAUGUCAUAACAUUUGAACUAUGCAAUGGUAAACAGAUAAAAAUAGCAUCAUUCAAUGAAAAAAUAAUAUCAACACUAUGGCUUUUAGUAUGAAAGUAUCGACAUAGAUGAGAUCAUGGCUCUGAAACGUCUCUGUGGUAGAAUAGCAAUUGUCACAGCUUCAACAGAUGGAAUUGGUUAUGCUAUAGCUCGAAGGCUAGCUCAAGAAGGAGCCAAGGUUGUUAUUAGCAGCCGAAAAAAUAAAAACGUAGAGGAAGCAGUUCAGAAACUGUGUGACGAAAACCUCGAUGUGAUAGGAACAACUUGCCAUGUUUCCAAACCAGAAGACCGGAAAAAACUUUUUGAAGCGGCUAACAAACUGGGAGGUUUAGACAUUCUUGUUUCGAAUGCUGGAGUUAACACUGAAAUGUGUCUAGUUCUCGACACUUCUGAAAGUAGUUGGGAUAAAGUAUUCGAUGUGAAUGUCAAGGCCUCAUUUUUACUUGCUAAGGAAUCUCUUCCCCUUCUUCGGAAAAGUAAAAGUGGUAGGAUCAUUUUCGUAUCGUCCAUAGGAGGGCUGCACUUCGAUCAACCUUUCCAUGAAGUUGGAGCUUAUUGUGUUAGCAAAACAACUCUAAUUGGACUGACUAAAGCGGCAGCAUUACAACUAGCCCCAGAAAACAUAACUGUCAAUUCAAUAUGCCCUGGAAUCAUUCAGACCAAGUUUUCCGCAGCUAUUACCUCACAAGAGACUUUAAAAUAUAUUCCACUUGGAAGACUAGGGCAACCACAAGAUGUAAGUGCAACAGCUGCUUUCUUGGCUUCUGAAGAUGCUGCAUACAUUACUGGAGAAAAUAUCGUAGUGGGAGGUGGAAUGUCCUCAAGAUUGUAGUUUGUGUCUAAUUUAACCGAUUUAUGCUACUACUACUAACUAGAACACUAAGUUUCUUUUAUGUACAUUUUAACAUAACCACAAUUAUUAUUCAUAUUUUGAUUUAUCACUAUACUAUUGAAAAUUAUUCCAUGUAAACAUAAAAAAAUGUUCCAAUA